AUGUCUUCUACGGGCGGUAAAACCCCUACAUCCAACACGAAAACUCAUCCAACUGUUAUGACCGACCCGCCCUACAGCAUCUUCGAUACACGCCAAAAAUGGCUGAUCAUCAUCAUUGUCUCGACGGCCGCGACGUUUUCGGGCUUUGCUUCCAAUAUAUACUUCCCCGCGCUGCCAACCAUUGCGAUUGAUCUCAAUGUAUCCCUCGAACUCGUCAACCUUACCGUCACAUCGUAUCUUAUCUUCCAGGGCCUAGCACCAAGUUUCUGGGGCCCAGUCUCCGACGUAAAGGGCCGGCGCACCGCCUACAUCUGCACAUUUAUCGUCUUUUUCUGCGCGUGCAUUGGCCUUGCGGAGACUAAGAACUAUACGACGUUGAUCGUUGUGCGGUGCCUUCAGAGUGCCGGUAGCGCCAGCACGAUCGCGAUUGGAUCUGGCGUGAUUGGCGACAUCACCACUCGUGCUGACCGCGGCGGGUAUAUGGGUGUUUUCCAGGCAGGGCUUCUUGUCCCAGUGGCUGUCGGACCAGUUAUCGGAGGGGCAAUCGCAGGCUCCCUGGGAUGGAAGGCUAUCUUCUGGUUCCUGGCUAUCUACAGUGGUGUUUUCUUGUGUCUGCUGACUCUCGUGCUGCCUGAAACACUUCGGUCCAUUGUUGGCAAUGGUUCUCGAAAGCCUUCCCAUCCAGUACUCAGGUACCCACUGAACCUUUAUCAGAAGUCAAGCAAGAUGCCAUGGCAGCAGCCUCAGGAUGGCUUGUCCACAGCGGAAGCAAAGAAGAAGAUUGACCUUCUGGGCCCGCUUCGCAUGCUGCUGAGUAACCACGCAGCGCCGAUCAUCCUCUUCCUGGCGGUCUACUAUGCAGUCUGGCAGAUGAGCAUUACCGCAAUGUCUUCACUCUUCAAAAGCCGCUACGGACUGUCUGAGCUCCAGAUCGGCCUAACCUUUAUCGCCAACGGGGUUGGCUCAAUGGUCGGGACCCUCGUGACGGGCAAAAUCCUCGAUGCCGAUUACCGUCGCGUCAAGACAAAGUAUGAGGCUUCAUUCGACAACGAGCAUCGAGAUGCAAUGUCCCAGACUGCUCGAGAGGAGAAUUUUCCCCUAGAGAGCGCGCGUCUCCGCCUUGUACCCAUCUUCUCCAUCACCCAGUGCGUUUCCAUCAUUCUGUUUGGGUGGACAAUCCAGUACCCCGAUAAAGUCCACAUCGCAGUGCCUAUUGUUUCAACCUUUAUCACAGGGUGGACCGCGGUCUCCACGCAGUCUCUGAUCAUGACAUAUCUGGUUGACCUCUUCCCUGAUAGGAGCGCCGCCGCAAGCGCUAGCCUGAACCUGGCGAGAUGUCUGUUUGCUGCUGGCGGUACCAGUUUCAUCAUGCCUAUGAUCAAUGGGGUGGGCGUUGGAGUGGCAUUUACGAUCUGCGUUGCUGUACAGAUGGUGGCGUUGAUUGGUCCUCUGAUUCAGUGGAGAUUCGCUGCUGGAUGGAGAAGGAAAGAGAGGGAGGAAGCUGCAAAAAGGGAGGGGCAGGGUGAAUGUUGA